AUGUGCCAUUUCCGAGACCCCCAAGCAGAGACCCCUAAGCUGAAUAAGAUUCAGGACACAGAAGAGAACCACCGCCUGGCGAAGCCGGGAAGUCCUUCAGCCAUGCAGGGCUACCCUAGCCUGUACCAGCCGCUGUGGCUUGGAGCACUGAGGACUCACUCUGGGCUAGGCAAAAAUUGGCCUUCCUGUACCAUCUUAGAUGUUAAGGUGCUUUUUGGGGGUUGCCACAAACCUAGGCGGGGAAGCACAGGGGCGGGUAGUCGGGGCCCCGGCAGGCAGGGCGCAUGCGCGCGGGGGAGCCUAGCUGCGCCGCGCGCCCGCGGCCCCUCAGCUCCCCUAGACAUGGCGCUGAGGCGGCGGCCAACGGUCCGGCUCUGCGCCCGGCUGUCUGACUUUUUCCUCCUGCUGCUUUUCAGGGGUUGCUUGAUUGGGGCUGUGAAUCUCAAAUCCAGCAACCGAACCCCAGUGGUACAAGAAUUUGAAAGUGUGGAACUCUCUUGUAUCAUUACGGAUUCACAGACAAAUGACCCCAGGAUUGAAUGGAAGAAAAUUCAAGAUGACCGAACUGCAUAUGUGUUUUUUGACAACAGAAUCCAGGGAGAUUUGGCAGGUCGUGCAGAAUUAUUGGGUAAAACAUCUUUAAGGAUCUGGAAUGUGACCCGGACAGACUCAGCCCUUUAUCGCUGUGAAGUGGUUGCUCGAAAUGACCGCAAAGAAAUUGAUGAGAUUGUCAUUGAGUUAACUGUGCAAGUGAAGCCGGUACCUCCUGUGUGCAGAGUACCAAAGGCUGUACCCGUGGGCAAGACAGCCACGCUGCAGUGCCAGGAGAGUGAGGGCUUCCCCCGGCCUCACUACAGCUGGUAUCGAAAUGACGUGCCGCUGCCCACAGAUUCCAGAGCCAAUCCCAGAUUUCGAAACUCCUCUUUUCUCUUAAACUCUGAAACAGGCACUCUGGUUUUCAGUGCUGUUCACAAGGAAGACUCUGGGCAGUAUUACUGCAUUGCUUCUAAUGAUGCAGGCUCAGCCAGGUGUGAGGAGCAGAUGAUGGAAGUCUAUGACCUGAACAUUGGUGGCAUUAUUGGGGGGAUCCUGGUGGUGCUUGCUGUACUGGCCCUGAUAACGGUAGGCAUCUGCUGUGCAUACAGACGGGGUUACUUCAUCAAUAAUAAGCAGAAUGGUGAAAGUUACAAGAGUCCGGGGAAGUCAGAUGGAGUUAACUAUGUCAGGACAGAGGAAGAGGGCGACUUCAGACACAAGUCAUCAUUUGUGAUCUGA